CGCACUUGAAUGCUGUACCACACAGUUGCCUUGUUGUGGGUGCAAUACAUCCAAACCCAUGUAGCAUUUUCUGCCAUUCGGGUUGCAUGGGUGGCACCUGACUGUUGAGACCCGACUAGCAGAGCUGACGCAUUGCCACUUGCUACCGCACAGGUAAGUGUUACUGUGAAUCCUGUGAGCAAAGGUUUCAAUUCUUUUGCAGGAGAGUGGCUGUUUAAGAAGUCUUCCUUAACCUGUAUGAAAUGUCUUUCUCAUAUAAGGAGCUCAGAAUAAAUGAUAAUUUGGGUAACUAAAAUCUGCACAAGGUUAUUUAAGAAGGGCUAGUCAAGUGUGAGUUUGUGUCAACUAGGGUUCUGAAAUUCUUGGUUGGAUGAGGUAGCACUAACUAGUGUUUUUUUUUAAACCUUGUCCCACUGUGGACUGGACUGAUGCAAAAUGAGUACAUCUGCGUUCCUCAUGGUAACUGGCUUUUCAGAUGAGAUCCAUGGAAUUUUCUUAACCCCUUUCUUUCAGCAGAGUCUGCGUACCUGGUCUCAUGAGCAGAAACUGGUGACGUGACCUUGCCUCUUCAGUUUGCAUAAUUUCUUUCAUCACCAAAAAUGUACAUUUUGUAUUUCAGACCAUUGCCCUCUUGAACAUAUACCGUAACCCUCAAAACACUGCCCAGUCCGCUGAUGGUUUGCGCUGUGCAAUCAGUGAUGUGGAGAUGCAGGAGCACUAUGAUGAAUUCUUUGAGGAAGUGUUCACAGAGAUGGAGGAGAAAUAUGGAGAAGUGGAAGAGAUGAAUGUUUGUGACAACCUUGGGGACCAUUUGGUUGGGAAUGUAUAUGUGAAGUUCCGUCGUGAAGAGGAUGCAGAGAAAGCAGUUAUGGACCUGAAUAACCGCUGGUUCAAUGGGCAGCCCAUCCAUGCUGAGCUUUCCCCAGUCACAGACUUCAGGGAAGCCUGCUGUCGCCAGUAUGAGAUGGGUGAGUGCACAAGAGGUGGUUUCUGCAACUUCAUGCAUUUGAAGCCCAUCUCUCGAGAGCUCCGUAGGGAACUGUAUGGACGUCGUCGUAAAAAGCAUCGCUCUCGCUCCCGCUCUCGUGACCCCCAUUCCCGCUCUCGGGACAGGGGCAGAGGGGGUGGCCGGGACCGGGAAAGGAGACGUUCAAGGGACCGAGAACGAUCUGGACGCUUCUGAGCUAACCCAUGUCCUUCGCCUCCACCUGCUUAGAAUUGUCGUCUUCCAGUGACAGUCUCAGAACUCUUCAGUUGGAUACUUUUGGCCUUUUUUUUUUUUUAGUAUAUAGAAACAAGACACUUUGACUCAUAAAAAAACUUCACUGACUUUUUUUUUGGUUCAGGAUUGAGGGGAAAAAAAAUGUAAAGAAGGAACUUCCAAGUACUCUUAACUCGUUACAGCCUACAUUUGUUUUUUUUCCAAAAUGUAUCAUGCCAUUGAACUUGUCUUAUGAAAUAA